AUGACAGAAGAUGAAGUUUGGCUGCGCUUAUUCCCAUUUUCUCUGAGGGAUAAAGCGAAAAUUUGGAUUCACGCUCUGCCUAGAGUUGGCAUUAACAGAUGGCCAGAUUUGGCCAAGGCAUUCCUGAACAAGUACUUUCCCAUGGCGAAGACCGCAAAGCUGACUAGAGAUAUCAUGCUUUAUCAGCAAUUGGAUGGAGAAUCAGUGAGUGACGCAUGGGAGCGGUACAAGGAAUUGCAGAGAAAAGUUCCUCAUCAUCAUAUUACCAGAGAGAAUUUGAUCCAAAAUUUCUAUAAUGGGUCAAAUGAUCAGACCAGGAGCAUCAUUGAUACAGCCGCAGGAGGGUCAUUGAUGAGGAAGACCACUGAUGCAGCAUUUGAGCUGUUAGACGAGUUGGCAGUGAACAGCUGUUCUUGGCCAACUGAGAGGGCGAAAGCACCUGCUCAGAGAGGAGUGAUGGCAGUUUCUACUGACCCAGUAGUGGAGACGGUCAAGUCACUACUACAGGAUUUUCUCACAAAACAAGUUGUAGCACCCAACACUCAUAAUGUUGCUGCAAUUCAGAGCAACUGCGAGGUUUGUGGAGAUCCUAGCCAUAUGGCGAAUGAGUGCUAUGUGAUGUCGCAGCAGUUCAACGAGCAAGUCAACUAUGUGGGAGGACAGAGACCAGGAAAUAAUCCAUAUGCUGCUACUUACAAUCCAGGGUGGAGAAAUCACCCAAAUUUCUCAUGGAAGGAUAAUGGAAAUCAGACCCACAAUCAGGCAGGUCCUAGUUUUCAAGGAGAACAAAGACCACAGCAGAAUCAGGGUAACUUCCAAAAUCAAGGCAGCUUUUACCAUCAGAACAAUAUGCCACAGCAUCCACCUGGUUUCCAGCAGAACGAACAUGGAGAGUCUCUGCACAACAAAAUUGAUAAGAUGAUGGAGUUGAUCCUAAAGAAGGACGCAGAGACUCAACAAGCACUUAAGAAUCAUGCUGCUACUAUUCACAAUCAAGAAUUGCAAAUACAGCAGAUGGCUAAAGCACUCCAAAACCGAAAUCAAGGUGGUUUACCGUCCACUACUGAGGCAAAUCCAAGAGAGCAAGUCAAGGCGAUAACACUAAGGAGUUCAAAAGUAUUGCCUAAAGCUCAUGCAGAGAAGGUUAUAUUAGAGGCAGAAAAGGAGCAGUGUAAGGAAAAGGAACCUGAAAAGGUAGUCACUAAACCUACUCCACUACCUCCAUAUGUACCCAAAAUACCAUUCCCUCAGCGAUUGAAGAAGCCACAAGACACUUGGAAGUUUCAUCAGUUUUUAGAUACUUUCAAGAAGCUGCAAAUCAACGUCAGUUUGGCUGACGCAUUACGAGAAAUGCCGCAUUAUGCCAAGUUUUUGAAGGACAUCCUCAUGAACAAGAGGAGCUGGGAUGAGAAUACGGCUCCAUUUACUGAAAAUUGCAGCUCCAUUAGCUUGAGCAAAUUACCAACAAAGCUCGAAGAUCCAGGGAGUUUUACUAUUCCUUGUACUAUUGGUAAUUUGCAAACUAUUAACUGUCUUUGUGAUUUGGGUGCCAGUAUAAAUUUAAUGCCUCUAUCUUUGUUUAGGCAACUACUUGGUGACCAACAGGUUAAGACCACCCCAAUGAUGCUGCAGUUGGCUGACCAUUCGGUCAAGAAGCCAUAUGGGAUCGUGGAAAACGUAUUAGUUAAGGUCGACAAAUUCAUAUUUCCAGUGGAUUUUGUCGUCCUUGACUAUGAGAUUGACAAAGAGUGCCCAUUGAUCCUUGGACGCCCAUUUAUGAACACAAGCAGAGCACUCAUUGAUGUGAAUGCGGGCAAGCUGACUCUGCGAAUAGAGGAAGAAAGCGUGGAGUUUGAAAUGAAGAAGAGCGAACAAUGCUUGAGCAAUGAAGAAAAAUGCAUGAGGGUCGACUAUGUUGAGGGAAGCAGGCAUGAAAACAAGAGGGAAGUUAUGUACUUGUCCAUUCCUGAGAUAUUCCGAGAAAUCGAGCCAUCAAGCAAAGAGGGAACAAUGUGCGAGCCAUUAUGUCAUAAACCUGCGCAGUCAGUAGAGAAGCGGGCACCUGCGAAACUUCCGCCUCCUGCAAAGCCACGAAAGCGUAAACCCAAAAAAUGGGCAGGGUGGAAGUUGAGACUCAGUCACAAGACUAAUGACAUAGGACCAUUGCAGCCAGAAAACCUUAGUGAUGGUAAGUUUGUUAUGCUAAAUACUUCUCAAGGAUCUUGUGCAGGCAAGCUUAUAUCAAAAUGGAGUGGACCAUUCAAACUUCGGCGCAACAUUGGUCCAGAAGUGGUGGAAUUGGAGAGCGCGAAUGGAGAUAAUUUUAAGGUUCUUGGACAAUGGUGUAAACCGUGUCUUAGAACUUUUAUUGAUCAAGGACAUGAGCGAGUUGCUCUAGUUGAUCCUCCAUGA